UUUGACUGCCCUUUAAAAAAGGGCUUCUUAUACUUUCACUGUGAAAAACCGAAACAGACAAUAAAUGAUUAAAACAAGAAAAAGAGAGAAACCGAGUCUAACCUGCCAACUUGGCCGAAACAAAAAUGUGGAGCGUCUCCUUGGACUUCAAACCACACACAGGUAAGUCAGUUUGAUUUUCAAAUUUUUAAAAGAGAUGAUUAAAUAAAUAGUUUUUCUUAAAUGUAUUUAAUCAUUUGUAAUUUUUGAUAAAGAAAGUAAAAAGGAGGGAGUGAAAUCUGAUUACCAAAAAUCAAAUUUGGUAUGAAAAUUUUGGAGAUUUUGUUUGUUGGUCAUGUCUCUACAACUUAUCCUUGGUUAAAGUGUAUCGUAACAGUUUGACAAACAACAGUACAAAUAGUUCCAUUCAUUUUAGACUCGUGUUUUAUUUAGAACUCCAAGAUAUUUUUAUCAUUACAACACAUUGUUUGCGAGUAGAAAUAUACUUCUUCACAUUUUAAAUGUGGUUUAAAUCUAUAGCAAGUUAUAUUUAAAAAACAUGAAUUUGUAGGGUUUGAACCCUAACCUACAACAUAAUCUACUAGCUCAGCUUGCACAAAAGGAAGUUGAUGAACAAAGUGACUCUUGAUCAGAAAGUGGUUUGCUUUACAAAAAGUGUUGUUCUGUUUGUAAAGCAACACAAAUGGGCAACUGUAAGAUGACAGGAAAUAGCUUAAAGUUAUCACCCAAAGAUAUCACCUCUCAAGCACGAGUUUGAUUACUAUCGCAGCUCUUGACGUGUCACGGCUUUAAUAUCCUGUGGUUGAGUUCAUCUUGAGUAGUAGUCUUCAUGAUCUGAUGGCUCAGUUUCAUGUGUGAUUUUUCACAGCUUGAAGAAGCAGCCGGGCAGAGAUGAGACCCUACGUCCUGACGGUCAUCUUUAUCGCUCAAAUGAGCCAUGGCUACAAAGUUACCCAGUCUGUGUUUCAGAACAUCUACCCAAAUCAGUCAGCCAUUAUCGUCUGUGAACACUCGGCUCAAUCUGGAAGAGUUGAAGAUUUUCGACUAAACAGUGUUUGUGGAACAAAAACAACAAUUCUCUGCCAGAAGGGAAGUUCAAACUGUGGAAAUAUUUUUUAUCAAACUCCUUUAAACAAGGUCGUCUUCUUGCUGUUCAACAUUGGAGAGGAGGCCAUGCAGGUGUCCUACCAGUGUGAGUUUACACUAGAGAUAAACGAUCUGUUUCUGACAGAAACUGGAGAACCAAUCAAACUACAACCAGUUCAAAAGGAAACGAGGAGACAGAGUACCAUGCCCCCAACUCCUCUCUCUCCUCCUCCUCCUCCUCAUCUUAAGUCAGAGGCUCCUCUGGUGAUGUGGAUCCUGAUUGGUCUGCUGGUCUUGAUGCUCCUGUACAGUGGCUUUGUCACCUGCUGCUACAUUAGACUCAUGAGAAGCAACCAGGACAGGGAGAACCCCACCUACGUGGAAAUGAGGAAAGUUCCUCUGUCCCAAAACAACAUCUACUAUAAUUAGAGGUUUGACCCGACUGCAGUUCUGCACCCGUGCUGAGCUUCAUGCUGGUGUCAUGUCAAAGAUGAGCAGCAGGGGGCGAUAAAUCCCACCUGCACACAUGGGGAGUUCACAGUUUUCCAAUUUGGCAUCAUGGAAUUUAAUUAUUAACGCUUUACUUCAACGUAGCAUCUAUGUAUUUAUUUGUAUGUAGCUUUAAAUUUUUUUAAAUAUUUUUAUACUUUCUAACUUUUCUUAGAAACUUUACUUAUCCAUACAGUAUUACUGUUUUGUUACAUUUCCUAAAUACUGUCAAUGGCUUUGUUUUGUUGCUUUAAAAAUAAAAGCAAACAUAACCCUUGUGCAAUGCUAGGCAUGUUUACAUUAAAAGUGGGGUCACCUGGAACCUAUAAGACAGCGCU